GUAAGCCGUGUGAGCUGCAGGGUUUAGGGUAAAGAGAGGCAGUGUGUGAGGACUAUAGAGCAUAUGGAACAGAAACAGACAGGAGCUGUGGACUGACAGGGCUAUACUGAGACAAUACUGACUACUGGAGUUUAUACUACAGGACUACGGACCACAACUGCUGAAAGUACCGGGCUGUUGAUCUGAAACUGAACAGCGUUAUGUACUGUGCUUCCUAUCCCGUCUCUACAGGGACCAACGGCAAUAACCUGAUGUAUUGCUACAAUGUCAAAUCGGUCUAUACUCAAUCUCCAAAUCACGACGAACUCAACCCUGACUCAUCCUCACACCCCUCCUCCAAAGCUCCCGGCAACGUGUUCACAGGAACCUUUUUCAGCGAGCGACAGGGGAACAACAGUUCACCUGACAUGUGGAACUCCAACACAAUGAACCAGCAUGGCUACGGAGGCAUGGUGGGAGGGGCCUCAGCUCACCAAUCAGGAAGCUACAGCAACAUGCAACCAGCACAUAAUCACCUGGACUAUUCUCCCCAUUCAGUCUCACCUGUAGAGGUGAACAGGGGUCUUCCUCCUAUGGCUACCUUCCACCGUAACAACCCUGCUGCAUCUCACACCCUGUCAGCCAACAGCUCUGAGAACACCACAGGAAACCCCUCUACAGGAAGAUCACAGACUGGAGCAGCCCUGGGGAAAGCACUAGCUUCUAUUUAUUCUCCUGACCACACCAGUAGCAGUGAAAACUCCUCCACACCAGACAGGUCUCCAUCUCCAUCUGCACACACAGGCUCUGGCCCCCCAGCUAACCCGUGGCACACAGGUUCUGGCCCCCCAGCUAACCCGUGGCACACAGGCUCUGGCCCCCCAGCUAACCCGUGGCACACGUCUGCUCAGGCCUCUCUCUCCCCCAGUUACCAGUGUUCUCCUAUAUCUCUGUCUCAGUUGGGGGAUCGUCUAGACAGACUGGAUGAUGUGAUCUAUGUUCUGCAUAACCAUGCGGUGGGACCCAUUCCCAGCCUGCCCUCUGACAUCCACAGCCUGUUGAACCAGGCCAACCAUGGACACGUCCACAACAACCCUCUACCAGGGACACACCAUAGACACAGACCCACCACGGCACAUGACACAGCCAUGGUAGACGAUGUCAAUCUGAACAACAACUCCCACCCUGCACUGCAGAGACGUUCACAGAAUCAAAAUGGCCACUCCUUCCCGGCGGGACUAGGUGGCUUGGAGCUGAAGUUGGAGGGUCUGGAGAGAGAUGAGCCGUGUGAGCUACAUCACAGCCAUCACAACCAGGGUCACAUCUCUGACAGCCACAGCCAGCGCUCCGACGAGGAGAACGAGUCCCACAAGACACAAGGAGACAGCAUGACCAGCAGCAUCCAUGAGGAUGAGGACAACCUGAGUCCGGAGCAGAAGGCUGAGCGGGAACGAGAACGUCGGAUGGCCAACAACGCCCGCGAGCGCCUGAGGGUCCGCGACAUCAACGAAGCGUUCAAGGAGUUGGGUCACAUGACACAGCUGCACCUAAAGAGCGAGAAGCCCCAGACCAAGCUGCUGGUUCUUCACCAAGCCGUGGCUGUAAUACUUAGUCUAGAACAACAAGUCAGAGAGCGUAAUCUGAACCCUAAGGCAGCCUGUCUGAGGAGGAGGGAGCAGGAGAAGAUGUCAGCUGGGUUAACAGAUGCCCAGGGCCUGCAGCAACACCAGGCAUCACUACAUCCUGGACUAGAUGCAGCUAACCCCAUGGGACAUCUAUAAACAUUUGACAGUGUGGAGGAGGAUCAUCCUGAGACAGUUAAAGACCAUCCAAGACCAUCCAAGACCAUCCAAGGCCAUCCAAGACCAUCCAAGACCAUCCAAGACCAUCCAAGGCCAUCCAAGACCAUCCAAGACCAUCCAAGACCAUCCAAGACCAUCCAAGACCAUCCAACGCCAUCCAAGGCCAUCCAAGACCAUCCAAGACCAUCCAAAGCCAUCCAAGACCAUCCAAAGCCAUC